AAUGCAUGUGAUAAUGUUAGUGUUCGCGUGACGGUUUGAGGUAUCAUUUUCUUUAUAUUAGUGCAUAUUUCGACACGUUUUUCUCUUAACAAUCUACUCCAAACGAUAAGAGGGGCAGCAAUGGCAGCACAGCCCCUGAUCAAAUCAAAACAGGGAGAGGAGAUCAUCAACGGUAUAUCAACUCAAGUGGUGUGCACAGAAUUCAGCAACUAUAUAUUUGUAGUCCUCACACAGUAUGGGAAGAUAGGAACAUUGAUUUCUGUCACACCCGACUCCAGAGCCACUGACAUCAGCACUCCGAUGUUCACCACCAAAGUACUUCUGGGAAAAGAUGAGGCCAUGACCCAUGUGUGUGCCAAACACCUUGUGACAUUUGUCUCACAAGAGGCAGGCAACAGGCCUGUUCUGCUUGGACUGGCACUGAAAGACAGCAGCAUCGAUGGGAUAAAAGCCAUGAAGGACAUGAUCAAAAGCUGCCAGGUGUGGUGACAGGACAUAGCGAUGGACAUCGCACAGAAUGCUGACCAGAGGAUAACAUUAGCGAAAGGGGUGAAACUGCCUGACUGGCUUGAUGCCAGUGUGAGAGCUGCAAACAAUUUUUGUUAAACGUUGAGUGUCAAAGGUUAAAAUAUUGCAUUUCUGUCUUCCGAGGCAAACGUAUAGCAGCAAAAACAUUUUCAGGAGUUUUGCUUUCUGGGACGAAAAUCUAAAGCGAGAUUAAGAAUGACAGUGUACAGGUUAUGAUUAAAAAAGUUUUCUAAGUGACAUGUUUUCAGGGAGGAAAUUAGUCUUCUAAACAGGGUUACUGUAGUCCGUGGUAUUUUGAUGUAGAUCUGGCAGCUGACGUUCUUUGGCCAUUUUUUCCCAAAUGUUGUGAACAAAUGUGAACAUGUACAGUAGAGCUCUGUGUUUUUUUUUAAGGGGGGGUCAUUGUUCACAGAAUGUAAGUCAUUACUACACUGUAAUGCAGAAUUUACAUGAAUGGUAACAGUAGUGUCCCCUUCCCAAUAAUCUGAUGAAACCUAUGGUAUUGCCCUGACACAGGUUUCUUUGAA